AAGCAUUGUUUGCAGGGCGUAUUUAGAAACGCUUUUGCAGCGUGCAUCGCUGAUUGCCGUCCGGUUGCGCAACGCACCUGCUAGUCCGUUCCAAGCGUACGUCUAGCAUGCAGAGAUACCUGGUCCAGGUCUGCAUGUCUUAUAAGAAGGACCGCCAUGAAGCACAAGUUCAAGCCGUCCGUCGGUAGUAACAGAGCAAGAAAGGCAGCUCCUGGUGGAGGGAGAUGCGAAAAGCAAUCUUCUGGUGUCGGUCAAGAUCAGCCAGCUGCAGCAGUGGUACGGAGUGAGAAGAGCCAAAAUGUAACCUCGUCAUCGACGUCUGAGGUGGAUGCCACUUGCUCAGCAGUACUUGGUAUCGCAGAGGAGGUGUGUCCUGUUCCUCCUGGUGCCACUGUGUCGGAGGAGACGUCAGUUGAUGCUGGUAACCAGGUGGGAAGGAGGAGGGAGGAGGAGGGAGAGGAGGAGAGUGGUGGGUCCAGGGGAACAAUGGAGGACUCGGCAGCCGUUGGAGAUAGUGCACCGCUUCAAUCCCAGGUGGCACCAACCUCCUCCUCCUCCUCCUCCUCCUCCUCUGUGAGGGUCAGGAAGAAAGUGGCACCAACUGUUACGACUGGCAGACCACGCCGAUCAAAACCAGACAACUCGAACCACAACCAAACCAACCGAGGGCCUGUCAAUACGAGUGGCCAGGUCCAAAGUACCAGUCUAGCUGAUGUGGAGAUGAGCAAUCAGAGUGGUGGAGGUGGAGCAUCAGUCGAGGACCCACAAUCCGGGCACUCUUUGGAUUGUCAGUCCUACACAUCCCCACAGGGAACCUAUUCCCACGGACAUAAUGAGUCAGUUGUGGAAGGGACGACCGUAGAGACUCAGUCUCUCUCUGAUGGUCUCUCCGGUGUGGUUCGGUCCAGUUUGGACCUUGUUUGCCCCCCACCCACGGGGGACGAAGGUGCCACUUUCCAGCUGGGUCGCGAGGAGCAGCAGCAUACGACGGCGCAGUGUGUCACCAGUAGUGAUGGGGAGGAGGGACGACAGGAACCAGAUGAUGGAGUGUCAGGGAAUGGAGGGCAGGUGGGGGUUGGUGAAGAGGGAGAGAGGGGGACGGUUUGUGAGGACGUGACCUCGGUAACUGAGGAACCGACUGGUGAGGGGAACACUGAGACAAGCGGUGGCGGAAGGGAUAAAGAGACGAAAAAAACUAGAUCAAGGAAACGGCCAUCACAGAGCAAGACGGCUGAUGCCGCGACAUCUCAGGGAGCCAAGAAGAGAAGAACAGCAGGAGGAGGAGGAGGUGGAGGAGGAGGAGGAGGAGGAGGAGGAGGUGGUGGAGGAGGUGGAGGUGGAGGAGGAGGUGGCUCACGUGGGUCUGGGAGACUGAGGAAGGCUCCAGACCGUAACUCAAUGACCAUGCAGGAACUCAUCUACUACAAUCCCACUGCCAACCCCAUGAGUUCCUCGGUGGAGGAGAGGAAGAGGAGGUCCCAGCAGGCAGAGACCAGUCCAGUAGAGAAAGAUGAGAGCAGCAGGUCGUCGUCCAGGGUCCAGACGCCGGCUCCUCCGGGCAGUGACGCCAGCUCAGAGGUCAGCUCUGAUCCGUGGGGAGACGGUCUAGAAGAGGGAAGACUCGUGCCUCAACUGAGGAUGGACAAAGACGGCAGCAUCGUCCUGGACGAGGGCAGUAUGGUGGUAGCAGCGACUGCGAGACCGCUGCCGUUCGAAGACCCUCUCAGCACUCCUCUGGUGGAGGGCUCCGGACACACCACCUCUGCCUCGUACAGGAAGAGCAGCCGCGUCACCAGAUGGACUGGAGAGGAGACCACGGUGUUUUUCAAGGCUCUGAGUCAAGUGGGGACAGACUUCACCAUGAUGACCCUACUACUGCCCAAGAGAACCAGAAAAGAACUAAAAAACAAGUUCAAGAAAGAGGAGAAGAGUAACCCACAUAGAGUCUCUCAAGCCCUUAGGAACCAGAUAACAGCCUGUGGAGCAUCAAGCAGUCCCAUAGCACAGCCAGCCACUCCCUCUGAAGCCCCCACCUGACCCCGCCACUACUGACUAGUAGCACCUAAACGGCUAUCAAAUUCUCCCUCAAAUUGUCAUUUUUAUCUCACUGGAUGUGCACAUAAUAUUGGCAGGUGUAUAUAUGUAUAUACCUCACCCAUGAAUUGGCUAUGAUUGGCAAGCAAAGCCUAUUACCUAGUCAUCUGAACAGGUGAUAUUUCCAUCCUGCCGGCAUGCACUCUCACUGUUAUGACCAUUGU